UCCCGUUUAAGUCCAAACAACACACACUGCUGUCUAAUAUAAAGGGAUCACCUUUUGCGUAAAACCCUAAAAUUCAUUUCAUUGAUUCCUCCGCUUCAUCCCUCCCUCCCUCAAAUCUUCUUCGUGUGCCCCUCACUGUGGUGACGAAGGGCGAAUUGCUUCGUUAGGGUUUGGGGUGCUCAAUUGAAGAAGAAGAUUUCGGUAACCAUGUCGUCGAUUGGACUUCCUACGCAAUGCGCGCUCCCAAUCGCACCUCAAACCUAUACGCGUUCUACCCCUACCGCUUUUCUAAACCAUAGAACCUCACUUCCAUCAGUAAAAACCAUCUCAAAAACAUUCGGGUUGAAAUCAAGCCAAUUUUUCAAAACAACAGCCAUGGCUACAUACAAGGUUAAGCUCAUCGGACCAGGAGGUGAAGAGAACGAGUUUGAGGCGCCUGAUGAUUGCUACAUUCUUGACUCGGCUGAGAGUGCAGGGGUUGAGCUCCCGUACUCUUGCAGGGCGGGUGCGUGUUCCACAUGUGCUGGAAAGAUUGUUAGUGGUUCGGUUGACCAGUCCGAUGGUUCGUUUCUUGACGAUAACCAGAUGAAAGAAGGGUAUGUGCUGACUUGUGUUUCGUACCCGACUUCGGAUUGUGUGAUUCAUACUCAUAAAGAAGGUGAUCUUUAUUGAGUUGGUUUGUGUGGUUUUUCGAACAUUGUUUGUGUUUGUGGUCUACAAUUGAACCUGUCUUUUUCAUGGUAUGUGUUAAAUGCUAGUUUGUGUUGGUUUCUUAUGCUAGAAAGUUGUAGCAAGAAAAUCUUGUUGGUUGGUUGAUUUGAAGUCUUAAAUAACAUAGGUUUUUGUGGUCUAGAAUUCA